UGCCCAUCAGUGCCACGUGCCAGUGCCCAUCAGUGCCACCCAUCAGUGCCAGUCAGUGCCACCUAUCAAUGCCAACCAGUGCCACCUAUCAGUGCUGCCAAUCAGUGCCACCUAUCAGUGCCAGUCAGUGUUGCCUAUCAGUGCGCAUCAGCAUCAGUCAGUGCCGCCUAUCAGUGCCAGUCAGUGCUGCCUAUCAGUGCCGCCUAUCAGUGCCAUAUAUCAGUGUCAUGUAUCAGUGUCAUGUAUCAGUCCUGCCUUUCAGU